AUGUACCUGAUGUAUUUCAACAGCUACCAGGCCGUCUUGAACAUGGUGGACAGCUUUAACAAGACGAAUCCCGACUUCCGGACCUUCGUCACCGAGCAGCUCAAACUCCCCGACAUGAAGGGACUCUCCCUGGUGUCCUUCUUUAUCCUGCCCAUUCAGCGCAUCCCCCGGUACCGCAUGCUGCUGGAGGCGGUCAUUAAGUACACGGACCCCGAUCAUCCGGACUUCGAGGACCUUACCCUGGGCCUGGAGAAGGUUUCCAAGAUCGCCGAUGACACGAACUCCCGGCUCAAGGUCAUUGAGGCGGCCCAUCGCGUCUACCAAAUCAACACCAUGCUCUCCGGUAGCUUCCCCGGGGAUUUGGUCAUCCCGAGCCGGCACUUCGUGCAUGUGGGUGAGUUGCACAAAAUUUCCCGCAAGGCCGUGCAGAAGAGGUGGUUCUUCCUCUUCAAUGACAUCCUUCUCUAUGCGCGUGGCAAUAUGACCAUCACCCGGGACAAGAUCCGCGGCUUGAUCAUGGAUGAGGACCAACGCGUGGAGUACCGCGGUCAUAUCGACCUGUCCACGGCUUGGGUUCGGCGCCUGCCUCCCAACAAGACCCUGAUGAAUGCCUUCCAGGUGAUCACCCCGAGCAAGACGUACACCAUGUUUGCCAAGGACUCCUGUCGGGCGUCCGAGGAGUGGUGCGCCCACCUGGAGCGAGCCAUCGAGGUCCUGGUGAAGGAUCGCCCGGACCUGGUGAAGAAGCGCGGAUCCCCCAGCUCCAAGCAGUCCAAGGGCUUCUACAGCAUGUUCACCGUGAGCACCGAUGCCCCGGAAUGGACUCCCGAAGUGGAAGAUGCCGAGGCCGCCGGCACCGAGAAGCCUCAAGACCUGCCGGCGUCCGGCAAGUUGACCCCGCCUGAGGACGAGGACGAUGAUGAUGACGAUGACGAUGAUGACGAUGAUGAUGGUGACGAUGCUGGCAUCCAGGAUGACCCAUCGAGCGCGUCCUCCCUGGCUGAUGCCGAUUCGACGGCGUCCCUCUCGGCUGGGUCAUCGUCAUCGCACUCACGCUCCGCCUCGGCCUCCUCGCACUCCAGCAUCUCCCCGAGCCUCAGCAGCCCAGGGCUGCCGGAGCGCACCCCCUCCACAUCCAGCCGGCUGCGUGGGUUCUUCGGUCGCUCGGCCUCGACACGCGUGCUGAAGGACCCCCGAUCGGGCAAGCCCCUGUCUGGGUCUUCGUCGGACUUGCCCUCGAUCUCCACCUCGUCGGAUGCGCUGGCCGCGGCCUCGAGCAAUGCCGCCACGGCCACCGCGGCCACCACGGCCACCGCGGCCACCACGGCCACCGUCGCUACCGCGCCUGGAGCAGGCUCCGGCCCGGCCGCCACGACCCCGCUGGCGGUCGCCGCCCCGCCGAUUCCCCCGCGGUCGCCCUCCUCGCCCCUGGGCUCGUCACCGCCCGAUGCCCCGCCCCGGCUGCGGAGUCUGCCCCCGACGCCGGCCCCCCGGGUGGCAUCUUCUUUGGCGCCGGUGCCGCCGCCGGCCUCGGUCAAGCCCUCGGCCGAUGAGGGAGCCUCCUCGGCUGAGGCGGCCGGGACCACGGGCACCACGCCGGCCGCCGCGCGGAAGGGCCCGCCGCCGCCGGUCCCCGGAUCCUCCAGCGCCGGGGCAUUGCACGUGGAUACCACUCCUACGCCGGGCCCGGGGGGUCGGCCGCUGCCGGACAUCCCCCCCCGGACGCCGGUGCGCACGGGGCCCCCGGGCCCGGGCCCGGCCCCGGCUCCCGUGCCGGUUUCCUCGCCCGCCGUUGCGCCCGGGCCCGUGCCAGUGCGCCCGGUUCCCCCGAAGAAGCCCACCCCACCGACUCCGGCCCCUCGUCCGGUGGUCAGCACCCCCUCCGUCGGGCAGCAGCCGGCAUCCUCGCCCACGGUGAUGGGUGUCAAGCGCGAGUCCUUGCAUUCGGUGUCGCCCAGUGGCGGCACCUUUGCCGGGGUAGAUCGUCUGGUGAGCGGCACCAACAAUGCCGGGCCGCCGGCUGUGGUUCCCCGGCGCCCGGCUGGCGGGCCCGCCAUCGGUGCGGCGGCGGGCGGCACCCCCCUGACGCGACCGAUGUCCAGCACUUGGGGCAGCUCGGCCGCGGUGGCCGGCAACGAGAGCGCCUCAUCGCCGGCCUCCCCGCGGCCAUUGUCCUCCUAUGGGGGCCCCUUCCGUGGGGUGAUGGAAACCGCGGCGGCGUCUGCCCCGGCCGGAUCCCCGCCCCCGGUGCCGGCCAAGCCGGGCUCGCUGAAUGUCCCUGCCUCGCGGCCGGUGUCCGUGGCGCCGGGAUCCAGUGCGGCGGCCAUCCGGCCACCCGGCUCGCCGGAUCUGUCCAGCGACAGCCAGCUGCCGCUCUUCCGGGCGACGGAUGGUCACCGGCCUGGGCUCCGGGGCGCCGGUGCCCCAGGGGCCGAGCUAACUUUCGAGACUGGAGCUCUGCUUGAGCUGCAGGACUCGAGCGCCUCGCGCUCGGCCGCCUGGCUGCCCGGGCGCGUGCUGUCCCCUGGAAGCGGCGGCGGCGGCGGCGGCGGCGGGUCCGCCAACCACCGCGGGUCCCUGCUGUCCGGGUGGUUCCCCCGCGAAGCGGCCAAGGAAUUGGGCACCGUGCAGACGCGCCAGGCGCGCAUCGAGCUCGGCAGCCAAACCGGCAACCUUUGA